AAUACAUUUUAAAAGAUUAAACAUUGACGUUAAACAACCAACAAAACUGUUUAGUUAGCCACAUUAUAGCAACUGGCUAGCAACGUGGUAACACUCGCAAAAAUGCGGCCACAAAGACAACAGACCAACAACAAUACAGCCAUUAUAGGAAGGUGUCUUUCUCCCACGGUAAGAACGACGUGUCCACAAUACAUAAUCUUUACUUCCUCUCUGUUUUUACUAGGCAAGAGUUAGCAAGCAAGCUAGCUUAUCCAGAAAACUAAUGCAGCUCUGUAACAGUCACAUAAAUGAGCAAGAUUGCUAUCUAUCUAGCUAACGUUACAGGGGCUGGGUUGCAUGUUGUUGCUCCACAAAUGAAUGAAUAUUAUCAAGUGGUCUUGGCUUUGUUGUUGUCACCCUAUUGUUACAAUUGCCAGUCUUAAGUUGCCUCAUCCUUAUCUGUCAUUCCCCACAGGUCAACAGCUAUAAAACUGCACUUUACAGCAGUGAACUCUCAAAUUGAGAGAAAUGUUCAGAGACCACUGGACGCCCGAUGGUCUAAAGACUUUACAAACGGGAUAAACAUGGACACCAUGAAAAUGAAUCCACCAAGACAAGCUGCUGCUCUACCCAGUGGGCUGACUGGGGACCCGGGGCCACAGCCACACAGAGUGAAGCCUAGGAGAGCAACCCACAGUGCAGGGGCCAUCUACUCCCACAGUACCUCACCCCUCACCCUGCCAACUGGACCAGGUGAUGCCAUUACAUUGAGAGAGAAUUCUCCCUCUGGUUUUCCAAUUGCCUUUCGUUCCUGUGAUGAUUGUGCUUUGAGUCCAGAGCGAAUAGAUUUGGACAGGCGUUGUCUGGAGGAGGGUCCCCUGCUGGAGGGUAGGCUGCGGCUGCUUAACUUUCAGCACAACCUCAUCAUGCACAUCCACAAUCUGUCUCAUCUGCGGUACCUGGCCUUCCUAGACCUGAAUGACAACCACAUCUCCCAGAUUUCUGGCAUCUCAGCCCUGGCCUCUCUCAGAGUGCUUAUGCUGGGCAAGAACAGAAUCCAGAGGAUAUGCAGUCUGGAUAACCUGACUAAACUAGAUAUUCUGGACUUGCAUGGCAAUCAGAUCUCCCAGAUAGGGAACCUCUCCCACCUGUCUGAGCUGCGCUUGUUGAACUUGGCAGGGAACUGCAUCUCCAGGGUGGACAACCUACAGGGCCUGGACUCACUGACUGAGAUCAACCUGAGACGCAACUGCAUCUCCACUGUGACAGAGGUAGACCAGCUGCCCUGCCUCCAGCGCCUCUUUCUCAGCUGCAACAGCAUCACCAGUUUUGAUGAGCUAGCCUGCCUGGGAGAGUCGUGCUCCCUUUCUGAGCUGACCCUGGAUGGGAACCCAGUAGCCCUGGAGACAUGGUACAAACAGGCCGUCCUGCGCUGUGUGCUUCAACUCAGACAGCUGGACAUGAAACGUGUCACGGAGGAGGAGAGACGUAUGGCCUGCGUCACAGCCCGGAAGGAGGAUGAGAAGAAGAGGGAGAGUCACAAGCAGGCCAUGCACAAGAGUCCUGCACAUGUUGCGCCUCAGCAGUUCUACACUCAACUUGGACUCAAGUCUCAGGACUCCUCAGUGACAAGCAAGGAGAAGCGGCGUCUGGCCAUCCGUAAUGCAGCACAGCAUUGGGAGGGGGUCAGGGCCUGCCUGGAGCUGGGCCUGCCUCAGAACGGAGCCAAGGAGGAAGUCAGCCCUGAAGCAAGCCCUGCCCACAGUCCCGCCCAGACCAAUGGCCUUGCACUGGAACCUUCUCCGGAUGAGCAGCUCAGACGGGUGAGUCCAGUGUCGGCUCUGGACAGGCCAACAGGGGGCAGUGAGACCCGGAUACGCUCCACCAGUCGCCCCAACAGUCCUCGAGACCCCAAGCUCCUUGAGGCAGGGGGUGCCAGCCUGCAGAGCCUCUCCCUGUCAGACAGCCACCUGGCAGAGCUGGAUGGGGAAACCCUGCGCCUGUUCGGCCUCGGGGCCCUGGAGGCCCUGGAGAGAGGCUGGGGGGUCCAGACUGCAGGGGCCGUCACUGUCAUAGCCUUCCGCUACAUCCACUUUGAUGCGAUCGUGCCAACACUGCCACGCAUAAGGGUCAAGUUCCCCAACCUAUCUCACCUGAUUUUCCUGGAGACCAACGUCAGCCGUCUUCCCCAGCUGGCUGCUCUGGCCCAGGUGAGACGUCUGGACCAGCUGACCAUCCACCCAGAGGGGAACCCUGUAGUCAGCCUUUCCCUGUGGAGAUCCUUCCUCAUCUACCGCCUGCACCACUUCAACCUGCACAAGAUCAACAACCUGGAGGUGACCAUGAAUGACGUGAUCUCUGCAGAGCGUCUGUUUGGGACGCUGGGUCAUAUCGCUGCCACCGAGACACCACGCUGCCGCCUGCUAGUACUACUGGAGGAGUCCAGGAAGCGUCAGCUGCAGUUUCUGUUGGAGGGGCGUGGGCGCCGCGCAGGCUUGAGCCCAGAGGAGCUGCGUGACAACGGCAAGCUGCUGGGAGAGGGCCUGAGCAGAGCCCUGUUCAACUACCCCAGUAGAGACUGCUGCAGUGUGGGAGCGGAGAGCCCAGAGGAGGGUGCUAUGGAGUCGUCAUCGGAGCGCCGCGCUGUGAUGGAACAAUAUAUACAGGCUCAGGUCCAGAGGGCAUCUGACACCAACCUGAAGGGGGAGUCCCUCCACAAACUGUGGCCCUCCAUGUUCAUGGAGAUGGUGAGAGACUAUGUGUUGGAGAUGAGGGACCAACCAACCUUCCGUCAGGCCUGCCUCAACAGGCUCUCCACACAGGGAAAGUGAGAGGGUGAGGGGUAUAGACCUGGUAAAACUCCAUAAGACCCACAGUACAGCAAACCGGACACAUACUGGAAACAGGUACAGCAUACUGGACACAUACUAGAAACAGGUACAGCAUACUGGACACAUACUAGAAACAGCUACAUCAUACUGGACACAUACUAGAAACAGGUACAGCAUACUGGACACAUACUAGAAACAGUUACAGCAUACUGGAAACAGCUACAGCAUACUGGACACAUACUAGAAACAGUUACAGCAUACUGGAAACAGCUACAGCAUACUGGACACAUACUAGAAACAGGUACAGCAUACUGGACACAUACUAGAAACAGGUACAGCAUACUGGACACAUACUAGAAACAGUUACAGCAUACUGGAAACAGGUACAGCAUACUGGACACAUACUAGAAACAGGUACAGCAUACUGGACACAUACUAGAAACAGGUACAGCAUACUGGACACAUACUAGAAACAGGUACAGCAUACUGGACACAUACUAGAAACAGGUACAGCAUACUGGACACAUACUAGAAACAGGUACAGCAUACUGGACACAUACUAGAAACAGGUACAGCAUACUGGACACAUACUAGAAACAGGUACAGCAUACUGGACACACUGGAAACAGGUACAGCAUAAUGGUAACAGGUACAGCAUAAUGGAAGAUGGAUGUGGAUUUUUCUUUUAAAGGCAACUUUGGGGGGGGGGUUCACACCAGCUGGGCCUCAUAAGCUUGAAUGCACAUUAUCAUGGAAAAGACAAUAUUGAUGUUUGUUCUUCUAUACUCUGUUCUUCCUAUUCAACUUGAUUCCAGGAUGCACGGAGCUAUAGAGCUAUAAACUUGAGUCAUUGUGAGCAUGCAUUGUCAUCCCUAAAGAGGAACAUGCUUUGCACUUUAAAGCCUUCAUAAAGAUCCUGUUCUGGAGCCUUCAUCUCCAGCUGAAGAUUACAAUGAGUGUGUCUCAUUGAGCCUAGAAUGAUUGUGUCAUGAUAAUCCUCUUCUUAAUGUUACUCUCUCUCUCUGCCUGGCGUGAUGACAAGGGCACAAAAUACACAUUUUCUUUUCGGACCACUCAUUUUCUGUAUUGUAUUUAGAAAUAAAAUAUUCCCUAACACUUAA